GCCAUAAAACCCCCGAGAUGCUGGGCAUUUUCCCCAAACUCCCCAAGCAAUUUCCAUUUCCACCACCACUCCGCUCCUCCUCGCAGCGCGCACCAACCCGCCGCCGUCUGCUACCACCCCGCCUCCUCAUGGCCUCCCCGACGGCUGGCGACGCCUCCCUCGCGGCGCACGCACCGGCGGCCGACGCGACGGAUGCGGCCCCCGCCGCCGCGGCCGCGAUGCCGGAUCCGGACGCGGAGUUCGGGUUCCAGCGCCCGGAGCUCGGGAAGGAGAAGCUGGCCGGGACGGUGGGGUUCCACGAGCGCCAGGUGUUCCUCUGCUACAAGGGCCCGGAGGUGUGGCCGUCCCACCUCGAGGCCGCCGAGUCCGACCGCCUCCCCCGCCUCCUCGCCGCCGCAAUCAAGGCCCGCAAGCCCAACCUGAAGAAGACCACCAAAUUGACCAUCUGUGAAGGAGAAGAUGGCACUGAGUCAUCUAAUGGAGAUGUGUUGAUCUUUCCAGAUAUGAUCAGAUACAAAGGUCUGACCCAUUUUGACGUCGACAACUUUGUUGAAGAAGUACUUGUGAAAGAUACUGAGUGGCUUCCUGGAUGUCCUGAGGCUAUCAGCGGUUCCUACGUCUUUGUUUGCAGCCAUGGAAGCAGGGACAAAAGAUGUGGUGUUUGUGGACCUGCUUUGAUUAAAAGGUUCAAGGAAGAGAUAAAUGGUCUGGGACUUGAUGGUAAGGUGGCUGUCAGUGCAUGCUCACACGUGGGAGGUCACAAGUACGCAGGAAACGUCAUCAUUUUCAGAUCUGAUGACAAGGGAGAAGUAACUGGUCAUUGGUAUGGUUAUGUUGUUCCUGAUGAUGUGCCUGUCUUGCUGCAUAAACAUAUUGCAGAAGGAGAAAUUGUGGACCAUCUAUGGAGGGGGCAGAUGGGUUUAUCUGAGGAGCAGCAGAAGCAAGCUCUCGAGCUUAGGAACAUGACAAAUGGUGCCAAAGAAUCCCUUGAAGAAACUGGAACAGAUGGUGCUUCUUGCAUCCCACCUGCAACAGGUGGUGGAUGCUGCCAGGGCAAUGGUGGCUUUACUUGCUGCCAAACUGACCUGCCAAAGGAAAAGCAGGACAAGAGCGUUGCAGCUGAGCAGAACCAGAAGGGCUCUGAGAAGGAGAAUGACAAGGAGAGCGGCGCCGGCAGCAAGAAGGGGCACACAAAGACAUGCCCGAUGCCCACCUGGUUCGAGACCUGGGAGAGGGCUGACACUUAUGCCGCUCUUGCUGUUGUUGCAGCUGCUGCCUCGGUGUUUGUCGCUUUCAGAAUCUACAAGAACCUCAACUGAACUUGAGAUCCUUGAAGAAGUACCUGAAACAAGUCUACUGCGGUAAAACAGUCUGCGAUGAGAAUAAUAUACUUGUGCAUAGUAAUGCGAGGAUUAGAACCUUAAAGUAGCAUAUCAGGGGAUGGUGAUGAAAAGGUGUUGCACCUACUGUUCUCGUGAAAACUCCAAUGUGAAACUCCAUUGCGACCAAAGUUUUUAUUGCCUUAGCUGCCGUUUAUCUUAAGCAAGGCAAGGCCUGGGUAUCAAACAUUUACUCUGAUGUUAUAUUUUGUUUGGAUUUUGGAUGUUCUGGAGCAUAUGGGUUGCUAAAACUAUUUGUCAGGUUGAUUGGCAGAUAUGUUCGUCUUAAUCUGAAGUUAACGACUUUCUUAA